GUGUGCUAUAUUUUGGGUUCUUUGAGAUGAACGGAAUAGCCGAGUGUUUCGAGGGUUGGUGGGAUCCAAAUGAUGUUUGGUCCAUUAUUGUAUUUCAUGUUUCCCUCUGGGGUUUACUUUGAUUGUAAUUAUUCUAUAGAGAGAUGACAUGGAAGUGCUAGAUGAACCAUUAUAUGCAAAUUUCCUUCGGGUGACGGGUUAUGAUAGGCCAUACCGUGAGGAGCUACUAUCCAAAAUGGAACCUGAUGGAAAUAAGGUUAUAAAGGAAAUCAUUUUUGCACCAGGAGAAAAGAAGUUCCGAUUUUGCAAGCAUAUAGCAAAACAAAAAGUACCUGGUUUGGCAAGUGAUUUGAUGAAGAAAGGAAGGCACUUCAUAUUGAUAAGAAAUCCACUUGAUAUUUUGCCAUCCUAUGACAAGGUCAUUCCUGCAUCCUUUUCUGAAUUGGGCUUCUCAGAAUUGGUAUCUAUUUACAAUGAGCUCAAAGAGUUAGGAAGACUCCCUCCUAUCAUUGAUGCAGCUGAACUUCAAAAGAACCCCGAGGCAACUUUACGUGGUCUUUGUGAAGAACUUGGCAUUCCUUUUCAACACAAAAUGCUGAAAUGGGAAGCUGGUCCCAAAGCUAUAGAUGGUGUAUGGGCUCCAUGGUGGUAUAAAACUGUACAUAGAUCAACAGCUUUCGAGGCACCAAGAAAGUAUCCUUUGCCUUUCCCAUUUAAUCUAUAUGACUUGCUUGAGCAAACCAUACCGCUCUACAACUUUCUUAGGCGCCAUGUAAAGCAGAAAUCACUUCUCCUUAUGUCUCCCUUGCCUACUCCAGAUCUUCCAGUUCCUGCAAAUGAGAAGCUACUGGCAUGGGUGGGGGAUGAGAUCUUACCUCGUGAUAGUGCAAAGGUCUCUGUGUUCGACUCUGUUGUCCAAGGUGGAGACUCAGUUUGGGAGGGACUUAGAGUUUAUCGAGGAAAAAUAUUUAAGCUUGAUGAACAUUUAGAUAGGUUAUUUGAUUCAUCAAAAGCCUUAGCUUUCCAGAAUGUUCCAAGUAGGGAAGAGGUGAAGGAUGCUAUUUUCAGAACGCUCAUUCGGAAUGGAAUGUUUGAUAAUGCACACAUUCGAUUAUCUUUAACACGUGGGAAAAAGGUCACUUCCGGAAUGAGCCCCCAGUUCAAUCUUUAUGGAUGUACCUUAAUUGUGCUCGCUGAAUGGAAGCCUCCUGUCUACGACAAUUCGAGUGGAAUAACUCUUGUGACUGCCACAACACGUAGGAACUCACCAAAUAAUUUGGAUUCAAAGAUUCAUCACAAUAAUCUUCUCAACAACAUUCUUGCAAAGAUCGAAGGAAACAAUGCAAAUGCUGGUGAUGCUAUCAUGCUGGACAAAGAUGGUUUUGUGUCCGAAACAAAUGCUACAAACAUUUUUCUAGUGAAGAAAGGCAAUGUUCUGACGCCUCAUGCAGAUUACUGUCUCCCUGGAAUAACUCGUGCAACUGUUAUGGAUCUUGUGGUGAAGGAGAAGUUGAUAUUGGAGGAGCGAAGAAUCAGCCUAUCAGAAUUUCAUACUGCGGAUGAGGUAUGGACUACUGGAACGAUGGGAGAGCUUACCCCAGUUGUGAAGAUUGAUGGGCGUGUAAUUGGCGAUGGACAAGUCGGACCUGUGACAAGAAUGUUACAAAAUGCAUACAAGAAACUGACAGAAGAAUCUGGAGUGCCUAUUCCAACCUACACUACGAAGUGAAUAUCUCUCCACAAGGUCCCAUUUUCCUUGCUACAAAUAAUUGAAAUCGUCUUUGUCCACUUGGUGACAAUGAGUUGGGACUUUCUAAUUUCACUGGUAGAUGAAUAUUCUAGAAGGCUUUGCAUUGCGUGGAUGCAAGGCACAAAUUUUAAGUGUCGAGGCUUACUGUCUUUUCGAGUUGAGUUUGUAUAAAGCACGAUUAGGCUUAUAAGCUGUACGUCUAUUAUGAUGGUAAUAGACGUUAGAAGGAUAAUAUCAACCCAACCCAACUGGCUAUCUGUUCUUCAAAAUAUAAACAUCUUAUGCUUGUAAAGAUCAAUGGGUUGUGGUAAAUUAGACCAUUGCUGACUGAAUCUUCAAUAAAACAUGGUUGUCAAAGGUUAGAAAAUAAACAAGAAAGUUACUCCUA